GGGAAAGGCAGACAACAAACAAAACGCAAACAUAAUAUAUAAUGUUUUGGAAACUGAAAUGUCAGUUCAGUUUCCCCAUUGAAAGUGAUGUGUAUUUUAAGAGUCACUCUCGAGGAAUAGCAUUGAAAAAAAUCUAAAAACAGGAAUUAUUAAAAGUCUCGACAAUGUAUUCGCUGUUAUCAUACACACAGUGUGUGUAUGAAUGAGUGAAUGAGUAGUACUUUUUUCUCGAGUGAAAUCCUUGAACACAGGCUAUAAUUACUAUGUGGUUAAGGGUUGUGCCAUAACAUGAUUCUCAGUCGCAACAUAUUUAUAUACAUUUAAAGAGCCUUUUAUUACUGUUUUUUUCAUCGCAUGUAUUGGUGUAGUGUCUGAGCCGUAGAUCCACUGCCAUCCCCAGACCACCGCCAGAACAGGUCUGGACCACUGACUGACUGAUUCACUGCGACUACUGUUCCACUACUCUAUUAAAGUGAUAAGUUUUUCAUACGCGAGGGAAAAGUAUUAAGAAAUUUGUGAUUUAAAAUAAAAUCCAACGCUCGGGAGCCGUAAUAUGCAAACAGACACACCAAGUGCUAGCCUGUCAAAGGAGGAACGGGAGGAACUGGUCAAACGAUUAACACCACUUCAAUAUCGUGUAACUCAGCAUAAAAUCACUGAAAGACCAUUUACCGGUGAAUACCUGAAACUCAAUGACAACGGUCUAUACUGUUGUGUGGUUUGUGGCGAAGAGAUAUUCUCAUCGGAAUCCAAGUACGAGAGCGGCUGCGGAUGGCCUGCAUUUGAUGGUGUGAUCAACAACUCUAAAGUCAAACUCAAUAUCGACUUAUCGCACGUCGGCAGUAAUUUAUUGCUGUUGGCGCUCAAGUCGGAUGUGGCCCGGACUGAGGUGUCCUGUGCCCGGUGUGGCAGCCAUUUGGGCCACGUCUUUGACGACGGCCCCAAAACCACUGGCAAACGCUACUGCAUUAACUCGGCAUCACUCAAGUUCCUGGAUGAUGAUGAUGAUCACCGCCACAAGCCACUGAAAGCGCUGCAAAAUACGACUGUCCCCGCCAACGGACACACCUUUGAUACAAAUAUGGGUACAAACGUUACUAAUAACAAGAAUAAUGCUAUUAAUAGCAGUAAUAAUAAGCAAACAUUUUUGUCGAAACCGAGUCUCAAUCCAUUGACGCAUAAAACUUUGAUGGAAACACACCUCUAA